AUGUACUGGGACACCGGUCGACGUGCUAUCAGCAGUAUCACCCGCACCAGGUUGCUGCUGAGUGGUGGUGAUGUAGAGGAAAAUCCCGGCCCCUCACUGCGUGGAAUGCAGUGGAACCCAGAUGGGCUCACCCAGGCCAAGAGGCUUGCUCUCCACAAAACCUUUCUUGAGGAGAAUGUGACAUUCUGCCUUCUAAGCGAGAAGAAAUUAUCUUGUGCGGAAGUGUCGAGUUUCACAAUCGCCGGUUACCAACAUCAUGGAGUGUCCCACCCCUCUCAGGGAGGCGGUGUUUUGAUUUAG